AAUCUCACGAAGACUGUCGAAGCGGCAUAUGCAAUCAGACUGACUAGCCGGAGACUUCCAUCCUUUCAGGAGCUAUGUCAAGGUUAACUAACAAGUCUCAUUGUCUUUAUCUACUGAGCUUAAGCUACAGAUGGAAAUGUCACCAACAAGCCUCCAGACUGUCAACAAUGAGAAGUGGACUUGAAUCAAUAUGUGGUGGCAGUUAUAGGAGUAUUUCUUCAGCACAGACAGUCACAAGGACCAAUGUAUGUGGAGGACAUUCACAGUGGUUCGAUUGGAAGAAGAGAGAACUCCAUUUAAACACACCGCUUGGAGAAAAAAAAGCACUUCAGUUCAGAGAACUAACAGAGACGGAAUAUGAGAGACUAGCAGAUGAGACACUGGACGCAUUGGCCGAGUAUUUUGAAGACCUCACAGAUGAGAGCUUCACUGGAAUGGACUAUGAUGCUGUCUUCUCUAGUGGAGUGCUGACAGUGAAAGUGGGCUCUGACCAUGGUACAUACGUUAUCAACAAACAGACACCCAAUCGUCAGAUUUGGCUCUCCUCGCCAACAAGCGGGCCGAAACGCUACGAUUGGACGGGGGAGCGAUGGGUGUACGCUCACGACGGCGUAGCAUUGCAUACUCUGCUCUCCAAAGAGUUGUCCGUCAUCUUCAAAUCAAAUAUAGACCUGUCACAUCUUAUUCAUUCAUGAUGAGACCAAUGUGAAGAACAGACACUGUUAUAGAUCCUUUCCACAGCAGUUCUCUCAUGAUCUUUUUGGUUAAACAAUAAGGGUAAGACCUUAAUACUGUAGCCAGUGCUCAAAAAGACCUUCUGAAUUUGAAUAUCAUAAUGGUCUCUGCUGCUUUUUGCAUGCAGACCUAUAAAUGGGCCAAAAAACACCAAAUCCCAAAGAAGUGUAGACCUCAGAUGAACUGUAGAGAUGAUUUAUUUGUCCACAUCAAACCUGUAUGCAAUUAUAAGCUUUAAAUGCACUCAGAACAGCAGAAAGUGCUCUCAAAACCAAAUCCCCAUAAACCUGUACCUGGUUAGAUUAAAACCAGAUUAAAGAGAUCAAAUUUAAUGGCUCUUAAACUAUUUGAAUAAGACAAAUGGACACAGAUUGUUUUUGGAGGCUGUAUUUAUUUGCACGUCUGGCCCUGGUUGAACUAGAGGCUGCUGGCUGGAUGCAGGAAAAGAAGGGGAUUAUGACAGACAGAUGGAGAAGUUUUUGCUCUAAAAGCCUCCGGCCAGAGCCUUUAUUCAAGUAUUAUCUGUGAAUAACAGCAUCACAUCUGAUCAUGUUCUUCCAGAGCUUUACCGCCACCCUCGGAUGAUUUAAAAAUACCAGCCCAAUUUAGCAUCAAUCCGCCCGUCAGUUGAAGCUGUGUCAUUAACUCUGGUGAUACAACGUAGUCGAUCAUUACUCCCCAGACGCCUCUUAACUUAAUAGCCCAUAUAUCGCAACAUUAACUUGACACGCUGUCCAUGCAGAUGUUGAAAUAUGAGAGGGAUUGCACUGUGGUGAUACGUCUUAUGUCUUUAUUCGGGUUGAAAACAAGGAUGAAACAAUGGCACAUCUGCUGUCGUGUUGAUGUCUAACAUCUGAUGUACUUGUCCAUUGAUGCAUAUGUAUGUAUAAUAUGAAAUAAAUUAGAAUGUUAUUUUAUGUUCA